AUGUCCUCGCGUCGGCGACGGUCCUCAUCUCGGGACCGCUCUAUUUCUCCGUCCAGAGAUCGUUCUCGCUCACGCUCCCCUGAAAGGAAGGCUGCAUUACCUGACGGCGUGUCCGAGAUCUCUGAAGUUGACUACUUCCUCAAGAAUGACGAGUUCCAGGUGUGGCUGAAGGAGGAGAAGGGCAAGUACUUCAACGAGCUAUCCAGCGAGAGGAACAGAAAAUACUUCCGCAAAUUCGUGAAGGCUUGGAACAGAGGAAAACUAUCCAAGGCCAUAUAUGCCGGUGUGGACAAGGUGCCCAGCGCAAGCAGCCAGACGGCAUACAAAUGGUCCUUCGCGGAGAAGGCGUCGCGGGCAGACAGUGAGGCAUUGCGUGCAGCGCGCGAAGAGAUCGACCGUGCUACCUGGAACCGCUCUCAGUCAAGUCGUCCGGCCGCAGGUCCGUCAGGCGGACGCGUCCUCGGUCCUUCCAUGCCGUCUUCGUCGGACCGCAUACUCGCACAAGAAGCUCAAGGAGAAUACCGCGCGGCAGAGCGCGAUCUCCAGCGCAAACGCGAACGCAAGGAGGCGAAGGAGCGGGUGGAGGACUUGGUCGGCCCGAAGGAGGUCGGCCGCGCAGGACAAUUGGAGAAGAAGAAGGUUCAGCGGGAGGCGAAUCGCGCCUUCAGGGAGAAAGGUGAUGAAGGCCUCGAGGUGGACGAUGCAACCCUCAUGGGCGGCGGGGACAGUUUUCAGGCACAGCUCGCACGACGAGAGGCUGCCAGGCAGCGCUACGCGGAGAAAAAUGGCGAUCGAAUGGGCGCCGGACGCGAACGCGCUGAAGAGUUGCGGCAGAAAGACAGGGCCACUAUGGACAUGUUCAUGCAGAUGGCGAAGGAGAAGUUUGGCUGAUGCGAUUCAGUAGGAUGAUAUCCGCAUUAUCAGC